AGUCACGUGAUCAAUAUGGCAAAAGAGAACUUAUGAUGAGGAGAAAAAUCAAUGAUUCGACAAUGAUAUAUUGAAUUUUUAUAAGAAAUUCAAAACUAGAAGAAGGGAAAAGGUGAUAUGUCCUCUGUAAAGGUGGCCGUUCGCUGCCGACCCUUCAGCCAACGUGAAAUAGAAUUAAACUCAAAGUCAAUAAUCGAACAAGAUGGACAUACUACAACUAUUAUUAAUAACAAAAUUCGGCCAAAUUCCAUUGAGGGAACAUUGGGAAGAGAGCGAUAUAAAACCUUCACUUACGAUUAUUCAUAUAAUUCAUUUGACAAGCAAAAUAGAAACUUUGCAUCUCAAGAAAAAAUUUUUAAAGAUUUAGGUGAAGAAAUAGUCGAAUCGGCAUGUCAAGGUUACAAUGGUUGUGUGUUUUCUUAUGGUCAAACGGGUUCGGGGAAAACUUUUACAAUGACCGGAUCAUUAGAAAAUGCAGGCCUAACUCCUCGAAUGUGCCAAAAACUAUUCAAUAUGCUAAGCGACGAGCAAAGUUCUUACAGAAUCGAAAUAAGUUAUUGCGAAAUUUACAACGAAAAAGUUCGAGACCUACUGAGGGAUUAUGAUUCAGAUGCAAAGCCCCUGAGGGUUAGAGAACAUCCAAAAGACGGGCCAUACGUACAAGGCCUAUCUAAACAUAGUGUAUUUACUUAUGAAGCUGUUGAAGAAUUUAUCCGUAAGGGUAACGAUCUAAGAGCAACAGCUUCAACAGCUUUAAACGAUGUAAGCAGCAGAUCCCAUGCAAUUUUCACCAUAUCGUUUAUACAAGCCAAAAUGGAAGAUGAUAUACCAAGUGAGAUUCAUAGUAAACUUCACCUAGUUGAUUUAGCUGGAAGCGAGCGUGCUGAUGUCUCUGGAACGAGUGGCCUGCGUUUAAAGGAAGGUGGAAGUAUCAAUAAAUCUCUAGUUACUUUGGGAAACGUUAUAUCGACUUUAGCUGAUUUAUCUGAUAAGUUUGCGAGUGUACGAAAGAAUGUCUUCGUACCUUAUCGUGAUUCCGUCCUUACAUGGUUACUAAAGGAUAGUAUAGGCGGAAAUUCGAAUACUGUAAUGAUUGCCACUAUUUCACCUGCUGAUUGCUGCUACGCUGAGAGUCUAAGUACUCUACGCUAUGCUCACCGUGCUAAAAAGAUCCUUAACCAACCAAUAAUUAAUGAAGAUCCAAACGUGCGCCUUAUAAGAGAAUUGAAGGAAGAGAAUAAUCGUUUAAGGGCUCUCUUGGCUCAAACUGGAUCACCUGUAGAUGUCCUGGAAAAUCAGGAACGACUCAACAGAAAUGAAGCUAGAGUAAAAGUUUUGACCGAAAGGUGGGAAGGUCGUUGGAAAGAGGAAACAUUUCGUAUUCUUGAUGAAACUGCUUUGGAUUUGAAACGGUCAAAAUGUGGUGGAAUCAGAGUUGAAUCUGAACAACCCCACUUUAUUGGUUUAGAUGAUUGCGAAGGAACUGUACUUAUUUUUCAUUUAUCUAAGAAACGAACAACCGUUGGAAGAGAUGAAGGUCAACAUAAUGUUGAUAUAGCACUAAAUGGUCCUGAUAUAGAGCAAUUCCAUUGCGAUAUUGAAAUUCAAGAUGACGGUCGAGUGACGUUAUCGCCCAGAAACGGGGCAAAAGUUUUCAUCAAUAAUCGAAGAGCUGUAAGCUGCGUGGCCGUUUGCCAUGGAUCAAUCAUUCAGUUUGGUCAACAUAUGUUUAGAUUCAAUAAUCCAGCCGAGGCUCAAAAGGAGAAUUGCAACAAUUCGAAUGUUUUGAUAAGUAGAAAUUUUAGCUGGACUUCGUCUCCUUCAAUUCCAGAUUCAGGCUGCGAAUCACAAAACGACAACAAUCGUUCGUUUUCUGCAUCUAACCCUUGUUUAAGUGUACAAGAUCUGGGAGAUAGUGAUGAACACCAUAUAAGAUCCGAAGCGGAUAGAUUGUCGAAAAUAUUAGAGCAGGAAGCGCUCAAAGCUGAGAUUGAAGAGGAAAAGAAGGAGCUUGUCAAUUUAAGAGAGAGUGCCAAGAAAGCUAGAGAAGAAGUCAAACGUUUAAGCGCAAAUGUAGAAGAAGAGGCUAGGAAAGCCUUAGAACAUUCUGAAAACGUUAUGAUGAAACAAGAACAGACUUGGAAGAGGCUAUCAGAAGAGAGGCAAAAACAUGUUAGGGAGGCUAAACAGGAGCAAACAAGAUUAGAAAGAGAGCGUCGAAUUGAGCACGAAAUCUUUUCCCAAGAGAUGAAUGAUAUAAGAAAUAUGGUGGAUCAAGAGAUUACGGAUAUGCGAAAUCUUAUGGAGUUGGCAAGUAUUACUGAGUCUGAAAGCUCAAUGUUAAGUGAAGAGGAGAUCAAAACGAUUAUGCUUCCCUUACAAGUGUCCAAUAGGCCAAAACAAUUAAACAUUAAUACGAAAACAUUAGAGAAAGACGAUAAAAAGGGCGAUAAGAAAGAGGAAUUAAGUCCUGAUUCUUUAAAUGGCCUAGAUAUUAGUACACCUAGCGAUAAUGAUAUAGCUACACCAAGCUCUUUAGGCAGUCUUACAGAAUACAAGUUAGAUUUAGGUUCAGCCUUUGACGUCACUCCAGAUGCUGAGGAGGAAUGUCCUACUAAACGCAAAUUAUUUUCGGAUUCCCUGGAAGGCCGAGAAGUAACAGUUGAGGUUAUUGACGGCUACGAUUGGUCUCUUCCUGAUGAAUAUUUAAAGAAAACAGCUUCAAUAUGUUUAUCAGACACAGAAUCUGAAUGUUACUUUUCCACGAAAGAAUAUUUAUCGGAAGAAGAGGAUCUGGAUGAUGAUAUGACAACAUGCUUAACAGAGAGUGUUGUUUCCGGAAAGGCUUUUCAUUUGGCAGAAAAAGUAACAGAAUUACAUAACGCGAUUUGCUCAGCGAUUCAAAGGAAAUAUGGCUCUGUGUUAUCGGACGAUGGAAUGGAACUAUUUCAGAACAUCAUACCUAAUUUAUUCUCAAUAGUGAGACCAUUGUUUGAAGAAUUAGAGAGACAAUGCGAAAGAGAACCGGAUUCUUGCCUCGAAUCUCAAUUAUCGACUCACGAUCAAACUUUAUCGACUUUAGAUUCUAUACUACAAACUCAUGAAUCGGUUUGUCAAUUGGAUACAGCUAUUUCUAGCAAUAAUUGGUCGUUUGCUUACGAUAAAUUAAAUGAAUCGAGGAAAUAUCUAGGAGAAAUCGAAGUAAAUUCUGAGAUUGAAGUUGCCUCAAAAAAACUUUUGCAAACUGAAGCUUGCGUUCUUCGGGAAAAACUUUUUUAUAAUCUAAGUGAAAAAUGGGACGAAUAUUUUCGUUUUAAAAUCCCUUUAAAUCCAAAAGUAUUUAAACGACAAACAAAAAACACAUCGCUCCAUAUAAAAAAAACCACUCCUGAUUGUAUAGCUCACUGCAUUGAAACAAUGCAUAAGUGUAAUCUUCUCAAAAAGAGACUAAAAACAUUUAGCGACAAACUACUUAACUAUUUUAUAAAAUCCAUUGUAUCAGAUUCAUCAGUGAAGGUUGUUGUUGAAGAUGAACCAAGUGCUAUGGUUUUGAGAUUAUCAUCAAUCGGUCAUCGGUCAUCAUCUGCUCCUAAUGCUUGGAGUGUUCUAGAAAGUUUACAAACAGUUUUUUUCUUUCUUCAUAGACCUUUUAGAGGGUGCUCUAUCGGUCAAGAACCUUUAACUCAGGCCUUUGGAGAUAAUAUUUGUCCUUUAAUGUUUGAAGAGUUGUUUAAUAAUUGCCUUAGACAUUUAAUGCCAGAAAAAACUUGCGAUUGGGCUACUUUUGAUCAAAUAGUAUCGGAAGCGGAAAAAUUUCAAAACACUCUGAAUGUUUUAGGUUUUUUAAAGUUAAAUAACGAAGAGAGAGGAAAGAAAAAUUUGUUAGAUUAUUUUAAUAAUGUUUCGUCGUUAUUCGUUCAAGCCCGAAGUCAGGAAGUUUUAAGAAAAGUUCAUCAAUUACUUGCUCAGGAUAUGAAAAAAACGGUUCAGGUUACCGCUGAACAGCCACUCGGAAAGGAUUUCUCCUGUUUCGACGAUCUAACUCUAAUUGAAAGUACAAUUAAACCCAAAAGUCAAAUUCGAAGACCACAUAGCUUUGUUGAAGGAUGGAAAGGGCCAGAGGAACCGUGGAAGCUCACUAAACCAACGAAGGACCUCGAAGUUUUUGUCAGUGAAAAUAAAAGAAGAGUUGCACAUGCCUUAAAGCUCCCAAAGUGUCACGUUAGCAUAGCUAUCAGACAUAUAGUGAUCUUAUCUUAUAGCAUACUAAAACAAGCUGACGAGAAUAGUAGGGAUGGAGCUACAAAUUUAGCUGUAACGAUACGUCAUCUGGCGGAGAGUGUUUGCGAUUUUUUGCCUAAAAAUUUUAUUGUAUCCGACGCUUACCUGGCGGCGUUGCAUAAUAAUAAUUGUAUGUAUUUCGCUCAUCAUCUAUUGAUUAUGGACGCUGUAUUAUUAAAAAGAAUGAAACAAUAUAACGGUAUGGCGGACGUAAUCAGCCGGAUUCGAAAGUUGGGAAAUCAAUUUUUUGCCGAUUACAUAGAAUACGAAAAAGGAAUAUUAACAACUUGUUUAAUGGAAGCAAAGGGUUUUGUUUGCGCUGCCGACGAUGAUGAACGUAUUAGUAAAUCUCUUUCAAAUACUCACCUGAGAUUACAUAACGUCUCAACAGUUUGGCGCGAUAGUUUACCGAUAAAUACUUUCUUUAGAGGUCUAGGAUCGUUAGUUCAAUUUGUUGUUCUGCACAUAACUACUUGUUUGUUAACAAUUACGGAAUAUUCGUUACAAGACUGCUCGACACUAACUAUAAAGCUUUGUUCCUUCUUACAAACUUGCCCUCAGCUGUUUUUUAUCGAAGAGGCUUCGAAUGCUGUCGAAGUCGUUUGCCACGAUCACGUUUCCAGCUGGUUGCGUCUGAAUGAAAUUGUUAGGUUGUUGGACGCCAAGUUGGCAGAUAUCGAGGACAGAUGGGCUUCUGGUAAAGGCCCGUUAGCGUUACACUUGAAUGCAAACGAAGUAAGACAGCUGGUAGAGGCCAUGUUUGAAGAAAGUCCUAAAAGGCGAGCUUUACUGAAGAAUCUUACUUAAAUGGAGGAGAAAAGAACAAAUUUAUUUUGAAAUCGUUUUAUUGUUUAUUUUCUAUAUAUUUUAUUUAUUCGAUUAAUGUCUCAAUCCACCUCUUUUAUUUUUUUGUAGCUUUAUUACAAAAGUAUCCUAAUUUGUUUUUGGUUAUGUUUGUUACAGUUAACUUAACUCCUUCACGGUUAAUGCAUUUUAGCGACGAGCGUGUUCUUUAAUUUAUUUAUUGACUAUGUUGACAUUAAAUUGAUUGACAUCCAAGUUAAACGUAAUUUAUUUAAUCAAAUUGAUGAUAUGCACAAUAUCGUUGUAUAGGUAAAGAGUUAACAAGGAGAGAAUAACAAAAACAAAAAUAUAGAGAACGGGGAUGGAGGAGGAAUAGAGAUAAAGAUAGAGAUAGUUAUAUUUAAGUAUGGGAAAAUAGGUAUAAACUGUAUAGAUACUGUCUCUCUUUCUUACGCUUUUUUCGUUCGACAUCAAUAAUUAACGAAUACGGCAGGUAGUCUUGUUCAAAGUCUACAAUUAGUAAAUAGACACGUGCGUCUCAUCUCAUUGAGAAUCGAUCAUCGAUUGUGAUGAAAGGAAAAAUACCAUUCAUUGAGUAUCGGGAGCCGAUUUCGUUCUAAAUAAUGACGUUUUUUCGAUAAUUUUUGGUAAUGGCAUUUUAUCUCGGAAAGGGGACAAACUGGGAGAUUCUGUUGGAAGAGGCCUCUCCCUAGGUGAAUCAAUUCUUAUUGCCCCUAGAUUUCUUCGAGAUCUUAUUGAUUGAGAAGCAUGCUCGUUUUCCGGGGAAGUAGGUCUAAAAAAAGGUUUUUUUAUUGUUAUAUCUGUUAAUACAACGUCUGGUAUAGGCGUCUUUGAUAAAGGUAACGUUGGAGAAAUUGAUGUAUCACCACCUAUUGGAUCAAGUUUCUUAUUCGGAUGACGCCUUGGUCCACCUUGGGUUUGCUUUAAUUUUCGUAGAGAUUCCAACCUAGCCUCUUCCGUCGCUGAAUUUUUAGAAUCAGAAUUCGCCCGAGCUCUUUGCCGAUCGAGAACAUUCGAUUGAACUUGCGUAUAGAACGUCUCGGAACUCACCUGAGUAGCAGAUAUAUCAAAGGAAACAAAAUUAGGCAUAGGAGAGGACGUUUGAUUACUCCUUGGAGUCAAUUUUUCUUCUUCAAGCUCUUCGUCCGGAUUCAAGAGAAUUGUUUCUAAAUCCUCUUCAUCUUGAUCAUCGCAACUUUUUAUCCGGCGUCUAAAAUGAUUUCUAUAAGCGGAUGCUGGACGUUCUAAUCUCGGAUUUUGAGCUGCCUCGUUCAUGGAUAACAUCGUAUAGCGCACUGCAAAACCUAGUUCAAUAUACUCUCAUAGUAGACGCGUACCUACUGUUCACUAAUGGGUUUUUAUGUUAUUUCUAUUCUUAAAUGUACAUGGUUAUCAGUCAACUAACAGAAGCCGUUCCUGUCGAAUAACAAAUUGGACUCCAAAACUCUAUCCUCUUCAGCUAAUCGAUCAAAUAAGGGAUCGAAAUAGGGUUAUCGAUUGCAACAGCGAUGAGAAUUUCUUUCCCCAUUGUUGAUCUGCAAAACAGACCACCAUGUUAAGAUAAAAGCAAGAGUAACAUGUAAAUAGUAAACAAAGCAACAGUUGUUAAGGCCCUUUGCCUUAUUUAUCCAGUGCUCAUUGGUCAACCAUGUAUAAAUAUACUUCUUCAUGAAUAUGCAUACAAUUAACUUAUAUUUACAUUCUUUCUUAUUUAC